GGCAACCCACUGUUUAGAGCAAGGCCUGCAGGCUCACUUGUUAGAGACUGUAGAGAGGGCAAGAUGUUCUCUUGCUUUCUUCAGACUACUCGAAGCUCAGGCCUCAAGAAAGACAACAGCAGUCACCAUGAUGGUGUCUGGAGGCACAGGCUUCAGUCUUGCCUUAAAAACCUGUGGCCAUUUUCCAAAAGGGGAAAUAAUUUGACCAAAGCCAGCCAAGAAAUGGCCCACACAGACCUGGAUGAGAAGGUUUCUGCUCAAAAGUACCUGGUGGAGACCAGGACUGAGUCAUGCAUCAGGGCCCAGACUGAUGUUGAGCAGAUGAACACGCUGGUUCCUGCUCUGAAUGAAUGGGACCCCUUGGUUGUCAUAGCUUUUCUGUCUACAUAUAGAAGUUUUGCGACACCCCUACAGGUAUUGGACCUGCUGUUUGUGAGGUAUGCAUACUUCAGCCCUUAUUCAAAAGAGGAUGAACAAGUAAAGAGCACCCUCUGUAGCUUCUUGGAAACAUGGAUGGACAAGAACCCUGAGGACUUUUGUGACCCAUCAGACCAGUUGCCUCUGAAAUACCUGAAGGGCUACUUGAGUGUGUACAUGCCCCACUGUGAUCUUAGUGUCCAUGCCAAGAGGCUGCUGACACAGUUGGAAGAAUAUGCCAAGUAUUCCCAGGCCAAAGAUGAGGAAGACUCAGAUCUGGGGAGACACACAUCCUCAGAACCACAGGUUGAAUGGGUUUAAACCAACAGGGAAAAGUGACAUUCUGGAGGCUGAACCUACAUGUGCACCAGAGGUGGAGGGCAGAAAACCCUCUAGAAGUUUCUGUGACACAUGAGACUUUGCAGCCAGAUGUGUCAGCAGCUGGGGAGACAGCACACAUGAUAGCAGCUGUGGAACCUGUGCUCAGUAUGUCUGUAGAAAUAAUGUAUCUUUCAGUCAUCUCCUGCUUGCUACAGUGGGCCUACCUAUUUAGAAAAUGGCCCUGUCACCUGUGAUCUUCAAUUGGAGUCUGUCCUACAGCUGAGCUUUGCUCCUGCCCCUCAUGAUCAGCUGCUGAUUUCAAUCCAGCAGCAGUUCCAACCCAACAGCCAGACUACACCUCCACUGAGAAAUAUCCUUUUAAUCCUUCUGAUGUUACAAUGUUAUGUUUAUUUUAAGUAUUAUUUUUAAUAAAUUGUUAGUAUUUGGUUUC